CUUAAUUUUGCUGAUUCAGAUUUCGAAGAAGGGGGAGAGAGAGAGAAGCGCGGUCACUAAGUGCCAGAGGAAAAUAUCUCAGACUGUCCAGCAAAAAUCACAGUCCCAGUAUUGGAUGACACAUUUUUCAGCUGACUUCUUUCUGCAGAUGAAGGCAUUAUGGAUCCCAUAACUCCAUGCUUGUGUGCUUAGACAAAUUGUCCCGAACAGCAUGGAGGCUGACAGUUCAGACUGUAGCUACACACAGUAAUGGAAGAUGUAAUAAUACUGGAUUUUGGGAUCUCCACAGUAUUGCUUGAACAAGACGAGAUUUCUUUGGGGGGGGGGGAAUGGCUUGCACAGAAAUGGAUGUAUUUGGACACUGGAGAGAAUCGUUUUGACUCCUCUUUGAAACCAUGUCUCCCUGCGAGUAAUACAAGCAAGAUAUGACCAAAAAUAUCAGCUGCUUAGUUGGAAGACAACGAACGGGCUCUGAGGAUGACCAGAAGGGGCUUUCUGUUUCAAGCCAGGACUCGAUGGCUACUGGUGGGUCUUGCUUUACUCUUGAGCUUGUUGCUCUUCAUGUAUCUUCUCGAGUGUGCCCCACAGACAGACGGCAAUGGGUCCCUUCCUGGCAUCGUAGGGGAGAGUUUCGGUAAAGAGCACUACCAGGCCCUUCUUCAGGAGCAAGAGGAGCAUUACCAAACCAGGGCGAUGAGCCUCAAGCGCCAGAUCGCCCAGUUGAAGCAGGAGCUUCAGGAAAUGAGUGAGAAGUUGAAAUCACUACAGGAGAAGAAGAGCCCUAAAGUCAGCAGCAUGGGCUACCCGGCCACCAAAGAGCAGGCGCCCAACGAUCUCCUGGAAUAUUUGCAUUCUCAAAUAGAUAAGGCGGAAGUGAGCGUGGGGGCCAAACUGCCCAGCGAGUACGGAGUCAUCCCCUUUGAGAGCUUUACCUCUAUGAAGGUGUUCCAGCUGGAGAUGGGGCUGACGCGGCACCCGGAGGAGAAGCCCGUCAGGAAAGAUAAGCGGGACGAGCUGGUGGAAGUCAUUGAGGCGGGCCUCGAGGUGAUCAAUAAUCCAGACGAAGAAGACGGGCAAGAGGACGAUGACGGGAUAGGGGAGAGACAGCUUUACAGCGAAAACGAUUUCGUGGAAGGUUAUUACCGCACUGAGAGAGACAAAGGGACACAGUAUGAGUUGUUCUACAAGAAGGCAGAGGAUAUGGAGUACAGGCAUGUCACUCUCUUCCGGCCCUUUGGGCCCCUAAUGAAGGUCAAGAGCGAAACUGUGGACAUCUCCAGGUCCAUGAUCAACAUUAUUGUCCCCCUUGCUGGAAGGACAGAGGUUUUUGCCCAGUUCAUGCAAAACUUCAGGGAAGUGUGCAUUAAUCAGGACAAGCGGAUUCACCUCACUGUAGUAUAUUUUGGCCAAGAAGGGCUUUCUGAAGUCAAGAGCAUCUUAGAGUCGGUCGCUAGAGAGACUAACUUCCACAAUUACACACUUGUGUCCUUGAACGAAGAGUUCAAUCGUGGCCGAGGGCUAGAUGUGGGUGCCAGAGCCUGGGAGAAAGGCGAGGUCUUGAUGUUCUUCUGCGAUGUCGAUAUUUAUUUCACGGCCGAGUUCUUAAACAGCUGUCGCCUGAACGCCGAGCCAGGGAAGAAAGUUUUCUAUCCUGUCGUGUUCAGCCUUUAUAAUCCUGCCAUUGUGUAUGCUAAUCAAGAUGUGCCACCCCCUGUGGAGCAGCAGUUGGUGCACAAAAAGGACUCUGGCUUUUGGCGGGAUUUCGGCUUUGGGAUGACGUGUCAAUAUCGAACAGACUUCUUGACUGUUGGAGGAUUUGACCUGGAAGUCAAAGGCUGGGGUGGAGAGGACGUCCACCUCUACCGGAAGUACUUGCACAGUGACCUAGUGGUGGUCAGGACCCCGGUGCCGGGCCUCUUCCACCUCUGGCACGAGAAGCACUGUGCCGACGAAUUGACUCCGGAGCAAUAUCGCAUGUGCAUUCAGUCUAAAGCCAUGAACGAGGCGUCUCACUCCCACCUCGGGAUGCUGGUCUUCAGGGAAGAGAUCGAGGCCCAUCUGCGCAAGCAGGCCUACCGGACUAGCAGCGAAGCAGUAGGUUGAAGCAGUCUGCGGCGCAAUACGAAGAACUCUACUGUGCUACGGACCAGCAUCGUUCUCAAAGCCUUAAUUAACUCAGUUUGGUUUUUUUAAAACAAAUGCAGUGCCUCUCUCCCUCGUGAAGUUGAGUUCAAGAUCUUGUAUGGCCUGUUUAAGUACAUUUCACACUAGAUCGGGCACUUGAGUGAAAGGAAGCAUUUCUACUGGUGCACUUGGGGAUAUACAAGAGCAGAAUGUAUUCACUCUCCCGCCUCUGUUGUUUUUUCUCCCCUCAAAUGUUUUUCACUUUUCAGAUUUGCAUUACCUGACAGUGAGAAUCCGCAAGCAAACAAAACCCGUCUUCUCCACUGCCUACAGUUUCUCUGUACUGCUCAUUUCUUUGUAGGUUUUUUUUAAAAAAGAAAGGGACCGUAUACGUAUAAACUCCACGGAGAAAGAAUAAAACAGGCGAAAAAGCCGGUGAAGACGCGUAAACAGAAACACGGUGGUAUGUUGUGCAAUUAGACUCGCUGAACUCGCCUUAUUAACUGUCAGGUACAUCAAUUGAAAAUAAAUUUCAGUUUUUUUAAAAAAAGAGGCUACAGAACAGUUAACAAGAAUGUGGUCAUGCCGUUCUUUAUCGGACUGUAAAUGAAUUGAGCUCGUAUGCUAUUUGCUUAAUCCUAGCUGCUAGCCAAAUACCUUUUUUUUUUUUGCAUGUUUCAGGAUGUACAGAACGAGAGAGACUGUCUUGGACACAAAAGUUUUCACUUCACUGCCUCGUUGUGACACUUCCGAUAACCUUUGUUCCUCAAAUGAAGGUUGGAGCUUGUCUCCAAGGUAAAAGGGAUCUGGAGAGAUGACGUUUAAAGAUUAGAUCGGUAUCCACUUUUUGACUCUGUCUGCCUGGGUCUAGUUUUCUUGUCAUUUUGCUUCCAGCAGAGGGCACAGGAUUGCCUCUUGCGCAAGCCCCGUUGAAACGAAGGGUAGUUUCCCGGAAGCAUAGCUGUUCUGCAGUCAUCCCUGUCUGUUUUGUACGGGGCUUGCAAAGGAAUCGUUGGAACCGUUGUGCCCGUUUUUGUUCACCGGCAACAAAAAGAUAACAGCUCUGAGUUCUGAACAACUGUUUACUGUUUGCAAAGAGUUCUGGGUGUCGUUCCCUUUUUAACAUAUAGUUCUGCCUUUAUGUAACAUUAUGGAGAACAGUGUAAUGUGUCUGAAACACGGGGAGAAUGGAAUGCAAGUCGGCUUGCCCUGUUCUCUUUAUUAAAUAAAUUGAA